GAGUAUUUCGCCAACCCUACUCUGUAUGUACGCCAGACAGCCCAUCAAACCAUGGAUUAAUAUUAAUCCGGCUAUGCUUAGCGUACUCACCUUGCUGCCUCGCCUCUUCCCACACAGCGGUUGCCAUUCACAAAGACUGCACCACGGGGCACCAGGGACAUAGGUUUGGGUCCCUUUGAGCGCCGCUGGCAUUAGCCACGUUCCAGCUUGGCGUGAAGGACGCGUCAGCACAGACUUGGCGAGCUGAUUUGGCGACGGCAAGUAACUGAAGCAGAUUCAAUCCAAGCUUUCAGCUGACUAAAAGGCCAAUGCAAAUUGAUUGUGGCGCCAAGCAAUAGUCACGUGACCAACUGCGUUCAUUGUUCUUCGGCUGGUCACCCAACGUUGCGGAAGCUUGCCUGUGAACAAACCACUGGUAAAGUCGGCUGAAAUAAGAUGCAAUUUAUCGAAUCGUACGUGUCCAACAAUCAAGGCCUCCGGCUUGGCGUCGUCGGCUUCCUCGCUAUCCUAGGAGAAGGUUCCGUAGAUACAAUUGCCCAAGUCGCUACGCUAAGCUAUCUCAUCUACCUCCCUCGCCUCAUUCCUGCGCCGCAGAUCUUCAUUAGACCUUCGCGGCCGGAGAAAUUUCAGACCACUGCUGGUGCAAAAGUAAUCGGUGUCCAUUCGGGUAAUACUGGAGAAGAUAUUCACCAUGUCGCCCACGCCUUGCACCGCGGAGACAAGUUGAACGCCAACACUGUCAGCUGUAUCCGGGUGAAGGAAAAUGACAAGCCUCGUCCAUCGAUCAACAGAUUUGGUCCAUUAGCAUUCCUGGCCAUUUUGGGAACGGCAUUGACUUGUGCCUUGUUGGGGCUGUCGAUUCACUACGAGGACGGCAUGUCAUUGUUGGCUACUCUUCUGCUUUCUGCUCUGAGUACCGUUACUGGUGUUGCCAACAAGUGGAAACCGACACCAAAUGACCCCAAGCCCGACCCUCAUUCCCCGCCUGGGAACGUUGUCAUCAAAUAUCCCCAGGGAGCCUUUAUCGUGGUGUCGUGCCAGGAGCGAACCGCCCGCUACCUCUAUUUCAACUCUAGCGAGCGAUGCAUUUAUUCUGUCAAGAGUACGGCCAUCUACAGAGGACUCUCUUUGAUUUCAACCUUGUUACUCAUGGGUGGAGUUAUUUGCUUGGGCAAUGCUCGCAUCGAAACACAGACGGCAUUUGCUGGGUCCUAUAUGCUUAUUAGCAUCUUCUACUGGAUUGGCGCUGCUUUGCCUCCUGCUCAACACUGGGACCUUUCCCGGUUCGAGGUCGAACACAUUGAAGUUUCCGGGGGCACUCCCCCUAGAAACGCAAGGGUCGACAAUUACUCACCGACCUACACAGAAGCUUUGUGGAAAGCAAUUGCCGUCACAGGAACUAGCAACUGGGUCAAAGAUGCCGGUUGGGCGCCCAGAACUCCAGCUUGGAAUGACUGGCUUCAUGAAGCCGAGGAAGCAGCGCUCGGUGAACCCUUGAAGUCGAGUGCGAAAAUGGUUGAUGGGAAAGCAGUCGAGGUCUGGACGAUUCGCAAUUGGGACGGUAGAAAUGCCUUGUCAACUCUGCUACGAUCGACGACGGACAAAAUCCAGGCCAAAAAUUAAAGCUGUGACAAUUUUAGAAAUACUGAACACACAAUUGCCCGGAAAGCAUUUGGCCCACAACAGAACGAUCAUGACAUGUACAAUGAUUGAUGAUUGAAUCCCCUUACGACUUGGCUCCUCGUCUACUUGUAUGCCGAAUCGUUCGAUGCCAUACAGGGAGGUGAUUUUGGCGCUUUUUUUAUUUCAAAGAUUAUAGGAACCUUCUUGCUUGAAAGGUAGUGACCACUUGCCUGAACCCCAGGAGGGGUCCGAUCCACCACAAAUCACAAUGCGAGUUCAUUGGUCUGUCCUAUGUUAGUCCAUGUCAGUUGGCUUGUCCUAGAGUGGUCGUUUGAAAGUAACUUGGCAGGCCUUGGAUACAAAGGUGGAUGACGACGCGCCUAUACCUUUGCAGUGCUGGCUCUGACCCUGGAGAUCAAGGGCCAUUGUAUUAUCGGUAAACCCAUUACAAUACUGCAACCCUGAAGAGCUGUGCCGUCUCGACGAGAGAUUCGAUUACGCAUUGCGAGACAUCACCUGUCUAGUCUUUU